GAAAACAUCCCCAAAGAGACAACGAAGAAUAGUCCCAAAUAGUGUACUAAUACAACGCAAAAACCUCAACAGAGUUCGAUGAUUGGGUAAAUUUGGGUUUUCCAGUGCGAAAUUGUCAUUGCAAAAUAGCAUAAGAAAAGUGUGGAAAAUUUAGACGAGGAGAAUAUGCGUGGAGAAAAUUUGGAAGAUUCUUGAUGCAGCAUUGUUGGCUAGAACUCAAUACUCUCCAACCUACCAGUGCCAGCAACUUCUUGCUGGCACUCAAGUUGACCUGCAUGUUCUGGGGGAAGGAUACGACUCAAAAGAGCAUAAUGAAUCACAGUAGAACUCUUGAGGGUGUCCAUGGAGUCCAAGUGGUGCCUCACUCACCAUUUGAUUUCACAGAAACUAAUCAGAGUGGAGACUUUAGUACUUCAAAUGGUGGAGCGCCAACUACUGAAGCAAAUCGGCUGCUGUUAAUGCAACGACUAUGGCAACAGAGACCAGCAUUAUUGAGACCAAUCCAUUGUAGUAUUAGUUGUCAUGGUGAUCAGCAUCUUGCCGAAACAGUUGCAAAUGUGCUUACUUCAAUUCCUUUUAUAGCUCUUGGAAUCCAAGCCCCCAGGAAGAAUCUUAAUUCUAAGCUGUAUGCUAACUCACUAAUUGGAGUCGGAGUGGCCUCAAGCGUGUACCAUUCUUCAAGAGGGAGGUUGAGGAAAUUUUUGAGAUGGGUUGACUACACAAUGAUUGCUGCAACUACUGUUUGCUUGUCAAUGGCCCUCAGAAAUGAGAAUCCAAAGUUACUGACGGCAGCAUCUGCAAUAUGUCUUCCAGUUAAUCCGAUGAUGGUUUCAGUUCUUCACACUGGGAUGAUGGAGGUUGCAUUUGCUAGAAGGGCAUUGAAGGAUCCAGACUUGAGGAUGGCUCACACAGUGCAUAAAAUGUCAACAGUAAUUGGUGCAGCGUUGUUUAUAGCUGAUGAUAUAUUUCCUAAAACUCCUUACCUUCAUGCUGCAUGGCAUCUUGCUGCUGCUGUUGGUGUAGGCACCUGCAAUAAGCUUCUUGAGUAGGUGUGCAUACUAAGAUAGCAUCAACAUAAUUUGUCGACUUAACUUAAAAAGAAAUGUUUAAGAUCAUAGGGUAGUACAGUGUGUCUUCCUGGAUUAGGUUGAAGCUGUAGAUGAGUUCAAUGCAAGUUAGGUUCCCAAUUAGUUUACCCUUUUCAAUUUGUAAUUUAAUUUCCAUUGGUUAAAUUCAUUGAAUAAAGGGUUCAUGUAAACAAAAACUGGCACAUAAUCUUCUUGUUGGAUGAACAUGCAGUUAUAUAUAAAACAUCUUUCAUUAUAA